UUGCCGUUUAGAAACAACCGCCGUUUGCACACAUUAAAAAUGUCUAUUUGGAGAGCAAUUAUCUACUACUUGUACACUCACAUUGGGCAAUUUCAUUGGGAAAUCUCCCCGGACCUAACGCAAUACCAGCAAAUUGGCAACCGAUAUUUUAUCUUCGAGAACGAUGUUGAGUUGAGUUGGACUGAUGCCGAAAGAGCCUGUCAAAAAAAAGGAGGACACUUAGCGACUAUAAAAGACGAGGAAGAGAUGUACCACAUUGUAUAUCAAAUCGAGGAUUUAACAUACUACUGGUUGGGCAUCAACGAUCAUGACAAUAAAGGCGACUUUAUGUCCUUGGCUUCCGGCAAGAAAUUCCCUUUUUUGUGUGUUCUUUUUUGA